AUGGGUACGGAGGUCAAACCACAGCCGCAAGCUCAGCUCCAAGACGCCCAUGAAAAUGGGCAAGUGACUCAGAGCCGAGUUCGAAGCUCCCGACUAUCUGGGCUCAUUUUCCGUCGUCGAAAUGCCAUCUCCAGGAAGAAGAAAGUCGGUGCCGAUUUUGCUUGUUUUAACCUUUUCCCGCGAGAUCACUGGCUUCGACGGCGGAUUAUUCGGCUAGUGGCGCAUCGCUACUUCGACCGCUUUAUCGUGUUUACUAUUAUCUUAAACUCCAUCAUUCUAGCUCUCUCGGAUUUUUCGGUUGUCGAUAAGAGGUUGAAUCCAGUCAGCGAGGGCUUCGCCUUUCACAACGGCGUCGUCGUACCAGCCACUUCACUGCUCAACACGGUCGUCAACCUGUCCGAGAUCCCCUUCACCUCCAUCUUCACAGUCGAAUGCCUGCUGAAAAUCCUUGCCAUGGGGUUUAUUCGGAACGAAGGUGCCUACCUACGAGAUUCAUGGAACGUCCUCGACUUCGUGGUCGUCAUUUCAACUUUGGUUGCGAUCUUGCCUACCGUACCGAACGUAUCAGCGAUUCGAACGAUUCGAGUGCUGCGUCCACUUCGAUCUCUAUCAAUGAUUCCUGGUAUGCGUGCGCUUAUAUCCGCAUUACUGAAAGCACUGCCUGUCCUCGGCAACGUCCUGGUGCUCCAAGUUUUUCUCUUUUUCAUGUUUACCAUCCUCGGAAAUCAGCUCUUCGGGGACAAUAUAACGCGCCGUUGUCGUCUAACAGACUUCACCGUCCUGUUACCUGUCGAUGAGCUCCACCCCUACGGCGUGUGGCCCGUCACGGACGAGUAUUUAACUACUGUACUUGCUAAUCCAGAGAAAUAUCGAUGUAUUGACGGCCCAGUUCUCGAAACGGAUCCAGGAAAUUUUGUAAAGGAAACAUCGCCCUGGUUCGAGGCACAACCGUGCUAUUGGCCCGUUGAUCAGAACGAUAUGCAGGUUUGUGCGCGGCCUACGUACUCGGGCAACCACCAAUGCAGCACCGGAGAAACGUGUGGUGGGAACUACGACGUGUACGGCAAUCCGCGAUUUCUCAAUAAUUUCGUUAUGGAUGAUGCACGUUACCAGGAUGCGCUAGACUAUGGUUUGACGACCUUCGACGACAUUGGACACGCAGUCGUGACCUUUUUUCAAGUGAUAACGUCGGAAGGCUGGACGAACAUCAUGUAUAUGUGCAUGGACUCGACGCAACCGGUCAUUGCGGCGAUGUUUUACAUCGCGUUUGUCAUCUUUGACUCGAUUUUUGUCAUGAACUUGACGCUAGCAGUUAUCGCCGACGACUGCAGAGCAAAAAUACUUCAACAACACACAUCGGACGAGAGCUCACGAUUCAAACCGCGCAUCCCGUGGCUCUACUACGUGGCGACACACCCGUUGUUCUCUGCUUUUGUCAUGGCGGUCAUGGUCGCCAACACUGUUGUACUCUCAUUGGAUCAUUACCCCAUGUCUGACGUGAUGAACGCCGAUCUGGAGAUGAUCAACUUCGCCCUCUCCUGCGUGUACCUAGCCGAAAUGGUCAUUAAAAUCAUCGGUCUUGGGCCUCGACUGUACGCACGCGACCGCUUCAAUCCGUUCGACGCGUUUGUCGUCCUGAUGGGUAUUCUCGAGCUGGCACUGUCUCCACCUUCAUUCAUGUCCGAAAACCCGCCAAAGAAGGGGUCAGUGUCGUCGCUGCGUUCAUUUCGGCUCUUUCGUGUCUUUAAACUAGCUCGAAACUGGAAAUCACUGCGCGAUUUGCUUGAAAUGAUCGCGAGCGCCAUCGCCAGUAUCGCCAACUUUGGAGUGUUGCUGUUCAUCUUCAUCUACAUCUACGCGCUCAUCGGGAUGCAGUUUUUCGGGAAUACUAUGCGCUUUGAUGAGAAUGGGUACCCGACCCCAUACAAUAUUAACGAGUAUUGGUUUGGCACGGCGCCUCGGCUCAACUUCGAUACGUUUCUAUGGUCAGUGAUCACUGUCUUCAAAAUCAUCACAAGCGACAACUGGAACGAAAAUAUGUACGACAUCAUCCGAAGCAAUGGCAUGUUUGCGGCACUUUACCCUAUCUCGUUGGUGAGUGAUUCCUAUGCUAGACAUGUGCAUCACUUCAUGGCAAACAGCUCAUUACUUUGCGCCUUUUGGUUGUCUCGACAGAUUGUGUUUGGAAACUUCAUUAUGAUGAACCUCUUCCUGGCGCUGUUGCUCGACAAAUUCAGCUCUGGAGGUGAUGAUCAAGCGAAUACUAAGGAAAUGGACAUGAAAAUGCUGGCUCGGAAGAUGUCCUCAAUGAAAGUUGCCCCGUUGGCACUGCCAGCCCCGGAAAACAAUCUCUCGCACCGCAGUGAGCUCGACAUCAAGGGUGCUACGGUUUACGAACAGAUUCAAUCUCUACCGCCUGCUGGUGGUGGCGAGAACAGUGAUAGGAAACCUACGACUAUGGAUGAUACAACUAGUCGAGUGGAGAACGCCGGUGAGGGCCCUUCAAUAUCGGCAACGACGGACAUGAAAAAGCCCGUGGAAUUGAAGGAAUUUACCUUAAACCACAGUAGCAAGUCGACGCGCGUUCUCAAGCGACUAAUUGAUGCGAAACAACGGAUGGACAGCGAGAUGACCCCGCGUGCCUCAGGUUCCCAUCAAGAGAAAGAUAAAAGCAAAGGGAUUUUUCACCUACUGAAAGGCAACUCGCUCUUCAUAUUUCCUGCGGAUUGUUGUAUAAGGCAGUGGGCGCUCACUUUGAUCGUGCAUCCGUACUUCGAUUCUGUCAUUCUGGCGCUCGUUACGGUAUCCAGCAUAGCGUUGGCUAUUGACAAUCCUCUGAUUGAUCCAGAGUCAACCCUGGCCAUCGGAUUGAAGCGCUUGGAUAUGGCGUUCGCUAUCAUCUUCGCCUUUGAAAUGACCGUGAAGAUCGUCGCUCUGGGGCUCGUACUGCACAAAAGAGCGUAUCUGCGCAGCGGUUGGAACGUACUAGACGGCGUGAUCGUCAUCACGUCUCUCGUGAUGCUGGCCGAGUCGUCCAGCAGCCGACACUCGCUGAAAUCUCUACGCUCUCUGCGAACUUUUCGCGCGUUCCGUCCACUGCGCGUCAUCAGCCGCAGACCGGGGCUAAAGCUCGUUGUGAACGCGUUGAUCGAAGCAAUUCCAGCUGUACUCAACGUCCUCAUCAUCUGCGCGUUGUUCUACCUCGUCUUCAGCAUCUUCGCCGUCACGUAUCUCAAAGGCCGACUAAACGCUUGCAGUGGCGACGUAUUUAACGCGCUUUCCGUGGAUCAAGUUGACCUUCUUGUGAAUCCCCAGCCGUGGUCAACUCUAUCGUUCGGCCAGCAGCAGUGGUUCACUAACACAACUUGCAUCGAGUUUCCAACAGACUCCCUCACGUCCAAAUACCUGUGUGCGUGCUGGGGGGCUGACUGGGGGCCUGUGGUUCCUCAGAAUUUCAACAAUGUUGGCAACGCGAUGAUCACAUUUUUCGAGAUGUCGACAACCGAGAACUGGGGAUUGCUCAUGGUUGCGUGUAUUGACGCUACGGGGAUCGAUAUGCAGCCGAUCCGCGACUACAAUAUGUGGUGGGCCGGGUUUUUCUUCGUCUUCAUGAUGUUCGGCAGCUUUUUCGUGGUCAAUCUGUUCGUCGGGGUCAUCAUCGAUAACUUCAACAAAAUGACGGACGCUCUGGGCGGUACAUUCAUGCUUUCAUCCGAGCAGAAAAAGUGGAUAAAGGCUCAGAAGGCCGCAGCGCAGGUUGGUCCCCAGCUUAUCCUUAAACAUUUUCCCGAUCCUCUUCGGCGCAAGAUCUUCCACCUCGUCAGACGGAAGCGGUUCGAGUGGUUCAUCAUGAUCUGCAUCACUAUCAACACGCUGCUCAUGGCUGCGCAACACUACGGUCAAGCCACGCUACAGACCACAGUCGUGGGAUUCCUCAACGACUUCUUUGCAGCCGUAUUCACAGUCGAAGCUGCGUUGAAGAUCACGGCUUACGGACUUGCAUACUUUGAGGACAACUGGAACCGCUUCGACUUCUUCGUAGUGGUCGGAACACUUGCAAGCAUCAUUACUCGCUAUGCUCGUUCGAGUCUUCCGCGUGACGCGUAUCAUCCGCUUGGUCAAAGCUUCCAAGGGGAUUCGCCACAUUCUGACGACGCUGUACUUGGCUCUGCCAGGACUCAGCAACGUCACGUCGAUCCUGGUGCUCAUGCUCUUCAUCUACACGUGCAGAUGUUCGCCAAGGUGGCGUUAAGCGACAACAUCGACAUGCAUGCGAACUUCCAGACGUUCUGGACGGGCUUCCUCUUCAUGAUCCGAGCUGCGACUGGAGAGAGUUGGGACGACUGCAUGCACGACUUUGCCGCUAGACCAGAGGGCUGCGUUGACGACCCGCCCUACGACCCCACCAUGUGCGGCUUCAACAACUCUGAGACUUGUGUGCCUCUCAACGGAUGCGGGAACCCGAUUGCCUACUUGUUUUUCUGCUCCUUCACGCUGUUGGGGACGUAUGUCAUGCUCAAUGUGACGGUGGCUGUGAUCCUCGAGAGUUUUUCAGUCUCAAAUGAGGAUGAGGAGCCUCUUUUUGACCCCGAGUUGCUAGGCGAAUUCCAGACCAAGUGGGCGGAAGUGGACCCGAAAGCCAAGGGGUUCAUCCCAGUCGCCAAACUCUACGCGAUUUUCACGAUACUCGACCCACCGCUCGUCAAAACUGACGCUGUACGGAACAAAAAGGCUUUUUUGCACUUUGUGUGUGGUCUGCGCUUGCCUAUGUAUGAGGGCGACACGAUCUAUUUUACCGAUACGCUGCUCGCCAUGACGCGUGAAAUGGUCAAAGAGACUGUAGACGACGAGAUCAACGCGAUUGGAAACAUUACGCCGCCCGUGGACGAUAUGCCGAGUCGCCGGCGUCUGCACUAUCAAGCACACGAGUACUUCGCAGUACGGCAGAUCCAGCGCGCGGUGGCUGCGUGGCUCCGAUUUAAGCGGGAGAUCGAGAAGAAGUACAUGGAGGAGUACAAGAGCAAGAUUAAGAAGGGAACCACCCGCCCGAAGAAGCACCGUGGCGCUCUUGUCCUCACAACUGGAUAG